AUCAGGAUGUUGGAACUCUUGAACAAAGAGGCAGAGGAUACUGCAUCAAGUCUGUACCGGUAGAGAUGGCCGUCUUGUCUCCUCACGACGUACAUCAAGAGAUCCACCUCCUGUGUAACCUGAAUCACCCAAACAUCAUCCGCCUGCUGCAUCACACCCUAAUCCCGCACCCGCAGAGAAAGGCAUGGGAGCUCGUCUUCCCGUACUACAAAUGGACACUACAGGACCUAUUGGAUGAUCCUCGGUUUGCGCCGGGGGAUUAUCCUGGAUAUGAAGAUAUUGCCGAACCGAGGGACGGAGACGAGCCUGGGGAUACACACUUCGGGUCAAGCGCGGAGCAGACGGGCGGGGAGGUGAAUUUUCUAGACGGCUUGUUGCAAGAAAGACAGCAGGAACAAGGUCACGGUGGGUUGCCAGCGAGAUUACCACCGCCCUCCAUCCUCAGCCGGGAAUUUGGACUGGACAUUCCACCGACGCCGAUACCAUCAUCUCUGCCGGACUCAUCUUCACAACGAUAUCGGCCUCCCUCGAUCCGCCGUCGAACGUUCGAGCACAUAACAACCAUCAUAACCGCCCAGCUCGUCGCUGCGUUGGCUUACUUACAUGCGAGAGGGAUCGCUCAUCGGGAUAUCAAACCCUCGAAUGUCUUGCUAGAUGUAGACGACGGCAACUUCGAUGUACAGGAACCACAAGACACCCCCGAUCCUACCGACCGCGGAAACUCCGACCCAUCGGACUCGGAAACGAGACUUACAACCAAGAUUCGACUGCCGAGGAUAACGGUCAAGCUGAUCGAUUUUGGGAUCUCCUUACAACCGAGCUUGGGGGAGUCGAGCAUCCGAGCCCGUUCCGCUGCGGGUCCUCGCGUGACUCAACGAGGAGGAGUGGAGCUUGAUAGGGCUGACGAUACAGAACAGGACGGUUCCGAUAGAGGUGAAGGUGACGAUCUAGGUGGAGAUCUAGGCGGAGGUCCAAGAGGAAAAGGAGAUGGACAGGGAUUCAUCUUACAGGUCGGAAGCGGCGCCUACCGACCGCCCGAACUCCUCUUCUCCCAUACGCAGUACGAUCCGUACGCGCUCGACUCCUGGGCGUUGGGGUGUACCCUAGCGGGGUUCUUCACUGGGUUCGUCUGGUUGCCUGAAGGAAAUGGGAAUGGGAUCCGCGAUGGGUCUGAUCAGGUGGGGUGUGCGGCGGAUGAGGCAGAUAGGGAACGGUCGGAUGGAAGAGGGAGAGAGGGGUACAAGCUGCAACGACCGAGAGAGGAAGAGGAAGAUAGCGAGGACGCAAGCGAGGACACCGAGAGUGACGCGUUGGACGACCCGAUCGUGCCCCUCUUUCACCGGUCCGGACGGAGCGCGAACAUCAAGCAGAAAACAUCCUCUCGACCUCCGACCAAUCACGUGGCUCCGAGCGACGACACCCGUGGCAGGUGGAAACGCCAGAAGCUCUUUGACGGCGAGUCGGGUGAGAUCGGGCUGGCCUGGAGUAUAUUCCGGGUGAUGGGCACUCCGGGGUCGGAAGGGGGUGGGGAGUGGAAGUCUUUCGGUUCGUUGCCGGACGCGGGCAAAGUAUCGUUCGAACCCCGACGCAAGGUCCCUUUGGUCGACGUCCUGCCCUUCCUCCCGCAGGAUGAUGAUUGCGGUAAUACCAUCCAGAAGGACGAUGACGACGGAUGUGCUGGGGUGGACUGGUCGGACGUGUUGAACUCGUUGAUCCGGUUAGAGCCGAGCGAACGAGCGACGAUGUCGAGGUUGAGGGAGAGUCUACUGUCACGUGAUGCAUACGAGUUUUAGUUUGCCUUAGCGUGAGAAAGUGAAUCGGGCCGUGAUGACGCGCGUG